ACGCUUUUUAUCAGAUAUUUUUGCGCGCGAAAUUUGUUGGCAAAGUAUCAUCCGACAGUAAAAUCAACUUUCAUAAUAUUUAAUUUAGAACAGUCACGGAUUCGCGAAUUCUUCGGAAACAACUGAUAAGUAAUGCAACGUGAGGAAAUACUGAGACAUCGUGUUCAAACUAAUUGUUUUCCAUAAUAUUAUAUACAAUACUUGCAAAUGUAAUAUUUACAAUUUUCGCAUCUUUGACACCACGUUAUCGUUGAUUUAGACAUUAGUGAAUACGUUUGCGCUAACUUCAUCAUAAUGUUUCCUUCGUACAAAGGAACUGUCAUAUUUAACAUAGUAAGCGUCUGGUGGAGUGGUGGAGGAUAUGCAACGAUAUAAGGGAAAAAGACAAACAGCGAUAAUGAUCAAUUCCGAUUACGCGUCCAGAUUGCGAUUGAAGUUUCUAUGAUGUCGAAGGUACUAUUUCUAAUUGCCUUUAUAGUGUACGCUACUGCGAUCAUCGAGGCUGAUAAGAAGAUAGUUUGUUACUAUGGUAGCUGGGCAGCUUAUCGUAAUGGACGUGGACAAUUCGAAUCGACCGACAUAGAUCCAAAUCUAUGUACUCAUAUAAUCUAUACCUUCGUUGGUAUUUCUGAGGAUGGUAACGUUAGAAUAUUAGAUAGCUGGCUAGAUCUGCCAAACGGCCGAGAUGGUUAUGGAAAAUUCACCAGACUUCGUCAAUUGAACCCAAAAACUAAGGCUUUGAUAGCAAUAGGUGGUUGGAACGAAGGUUCCACGAAAUAUUCUAAUGUUGUAGCGAAUCCUAACGUACGUGCACGAUUCGUUCAGAACGUGAUAAAGUUUUUGAAAACGUAUGAUUUCGACGGUUUCGACUUCGAUUGGGAAUAUCCGAACCAGCGUGGCGGGAAACUGGCCGACAAAGAAAACUAUAUUGCAAUGUUGAAAGAAUUAAGAGAAGAAUUCGAUAAACAUGGUUACAUUCUCAGUGUGGCGGUCGCUGCUGCCGAAGUCUCGGCUUCUAAAUCUUAUCUUAUUUCGCAAGUUUCACAAUAUCCUCACAUUAUUAAUUUAAUGGCAUACGACUUGAAUGGAUCGUGGAACAAUUUCGCAGCGAUUAACGCUCCUCUAUAUCCUUCCUCUAAGGAAUCAGGAGAGCAAGCUAAGCUCAACGUGAAUUCGUCUGUUCAAUAUUGGCUUGAACAAGGUGCACCAGCUGACAAGCUCAUUCUUGGUGUUCCCGCUUACGGUAGAUCCUUUACCUUGUCGAAUUCCGCGUAUAAUACGAUAGGUUCUCCAACCAUUGGUCCUGGAAUGGCUGGUCCUUAUACGCGAGAAGGUGGCAUGCUUGGUUACAACGAAAUCUGCGAGUAUAUUAAGCAGGGAUGGACCGUACAACGCGAGCCUGAACAACGCGUGCCUUAUGCUUUCAAAGACAACCAAUGGGUUGGAUAUGACGACGUCAUAUCUCUUGAAGAGAAGGCCAAAUACGUCAUGUCCAAAGGACUUGGAGGUAUAAUGAUGUGGAGCGUCGAAACGGAUGACUUUCAUGGCAUAUGUGGUGAUAAAUAUCCGCUUCUGCGCAGCAUAAACAGGGUACUGAAAGGAUAUGUUCCGCCUCCUUCUCCGACUUCUACUCCUACAAAAUUGCCUAAACCUGAUCCAUCGACUGUAACAAGACCAUUACCGACAUCAUCAACUACAGCACUGCCAUCAUCAACACCGUCUGACUCUGUAUGCACACAGGAAGGUUUUGUUCGAGAUCCAAAAGAUUGUUCAAUAUUUUACUAUUGUCAAAAAGCAUACAACAAAUAUGUUAUUAGUAGAUUCCGCUGCCCCACUGAUCUUGUAUUUGAUACAUCGUUUAAUGGUUGCAAUUAUAGACAUAAUGUACCUGAUUGUUAGAUCGAUACGAAUCGACCAAACGAGAUGUAUUUUGUAACAGAACGUAAUAUUUUGUAUACAUUUCUACACAUGCUGUACUGAAUUAUUUAGAAAAAUGUUAUUGUUCUUAUAUAAAAUUAAACUAAUGUCUAAUCAAUAUUAAAUCAAUAUAAAAUCUAAUCAAUACAAUUAUAUUAAUUUCCAUUAUUUUAUCUUAUUAUUAUUCCAUUAUCUUUCCAUUAUCAGAAUUACAUAAAUGUAAUCCUUUUUUUCCCUUUUUUCUAUACUAACUUGAUAAUAAAUAUAAAACUUGUUUAAUUACUAAUCGAUCUCGAAUCGUUUUUGAAUUGUGCUUAUAAACGGAAGUCAUUUGAAGCUUGAAUUUGAUUAGUGUAGUUCGUACCGAAAACAUCGAGGCCGCUCAACAAACACCGUUCAACUUCCUUUCCACGACGAACUUUGCAACAUGCAAAAG